GGCCCCGCCCGCCCCGCGGCCCCGCGCCAGGUGCAUUCCCGGGCACGCUCCGCUCCGCCGCUACCGGGGAGCCGCGAUGGAGCCGCACCGGCACCGGGAGCGGCCCCGGGCGCUGCUGCUGCUGCUGCCGCUGCUGCUCCGCGCCCCCGCGCCCGGCUCCGCGCAGGCAGUGUGCGCGGGGACGCUGAACGGGCUGAGCGUGACCGGGGACGCGCAGCACCAGUACCAGACCCUGCACAAGAUGUACAACAACUGCGAGAUCGUCAUGGGCAACCUGGAGAUCGUCCUCAUCGACCACAGCCAGGACCUCUCCUUCCUCCAGACCAUCCGCGAGGUCACCGGCUACAUCCUGAUCGCCAUGAACGUGUUCGCGGCGCUGCCGCUGCAGAACCUGCGCGUCAUCCGCGGCACGCAGUUCUACGAGGAUCGCUUCGCGCUCUUCGUGCUGCUCAACUACAACCCCAACAACACCCAAGCGCUGCGGCAGCUGCGGCUCAACCAGCUCACGGAGAUCCUGGCGGGGGGGGUGUACAUCGAGAAGAACGCGCAGCUGUGCCACGUGGACACGGUGGAGUGGAGGGACAUCAUGAGGGACACGCGGCUGGAGCCGCUCGUGAGGGACAACGGGCACGGCUGUGCCCCGUGCCACGAGAGCUGCGGCGGUCACUGCUGGGGGCCGGGCCCUGAGGAUUGCCAGAAAUUGACCAAGACCAUCUGCGCCCCGCAGUGCAACGGGCGCUGCUUCGGCCGCGCGCCCAACGAGUGCUGCCACGAGGAGUGCGCGGGCGGCUGCACCGGGCCCCUGCGCACGCACUGCUUCGCCUGCCGCCACUUCAACGACAGCGGCUCGUGCGUCCCGCUGUGCCCGCAGCCGCUCAUCUACAACAAGCUCACCUUCCAGCUGGAGCCCAACCCCGACACCAAGUACCAGUACGGGGGGGUCUGCGUGCGGGAGUGCCCCCAUAAUUUCGUGGUGGAUCAGAGCUCGUGCGUGCGCGCCUGCCCCAACGACAAGAUGGAAGUGGAGAAGAACGGGCUGAAGAUCUGCGAGCCCUGCGCGGGGCUGUGCCCCAAAGCCUGCGAGGGCACCGGAGCCGGCAGCAAGUACCAGACGGUGGAUUCCAGCAACAUCGACACCUUCGUCAACUGCACCAAGAUCCUGGGCAACCUCGACUUCCUCAUCACCGGCCUGGAGGGGGACCCCUGGCGGAACAUCUCGGCGCUGGACCCGGAGAAGCUGAACGUGUUCCGGACCGUGCGGGAGAUCACGGGGUACCUCAACAUCCAGUCCUGGCCCAAGCACAUGCACAACUUCAGCGUCUUCUCCAACCUCGAGACCAUCGGGGGACGGAGCCUCUACAACCGCGGUUUCUCGCUGCUGAUCAUGAAGAACGAGAACGUGACGUCGCUGGGGCUGCGCUCGCUGCGGGAGGUGAGCGCGGGCCGCGUGUACAUCACGGAGAACCGGCGGCUCUGCUUCCUGCACACCGUGCACUGGGCGCGCCUCAGCCGCAGCCGCGCCGACCUCGACAUCCGCAACAACCGGCCCCGCAGCAAGUGCCAGCAAGAGGGGAAGGUUUGUGACCCGCUGUGCUCGGCCGAGGGCUGCUGGGGGCCGGGGCCCGGGCAGUGCCUGUCCUGCCGCUACUACAGCCGGAGGGGGGUCUGCGUGUCCACCUGCCGCUUCAGCGAGGGGGACCCGCGCGAGUUCUCGCAGGACGGGGAAUGCUCCGAGUGCCACCCGGAGUGCGAGCGCAUCGACGGCGGCGCCACCUGCAACGGCUCGGGCGCCGACACCUGCACGCGCUGCGCUCACUAUCGCGACGGGCCGCACUGCGUGGAGCGAUGUCCCGACGGGGUCCUGGGCGAGCGCGGCCCCAUCUACAAAUACCCGGACGGGAGCCGCGAGUGCCGGCCCUGCCACGAGAACUGCACCCGGGGCUGUGUGGGGCCGCUGCUGCGGGACUGCCUGGGGGACCCCCUGCCCGUGUCCAGGCGCGCCCCGACGCUGAUCGCGGUCAUGGUGGUCGGGGCCGUUUUCCUCUCGUGCUCUCUGGUGCUGCUGGCGCUGCUCUACUGGCGCGGCAAGAAGAUCCAGAAGAAACGCGCGAUGCGGCGCUACCUGGAGCGGGGCGAGAGCCUGGAGCCGCUGGAUCCCAGUGAAAAAGCCAACAAGGUCCUGGCCCGGAUCUUCAAGGAGUCGGAGCUGAAGCGCCUCAAGGUGCUGGGCUCGGGGGUCUUCGGCACCGUGCACAAGGGUAUCUGGAUCCCGGACGGGGAUUCCAUCAAGAUCCCGGUGAGCAUCAAGGUGAUCCAGGACUGGAGCGGGCAGCAAUCCUUCCACGCCGUCACCGACCACAUGCUGGCCAUCGGCAGCCUGGACCACUCGUACAUCGUGCGGCUGCUGGGGAUCUGCCCGGGCCCGCAGCUGCAGCUGGUGACGCAGCUGCUGCCGCUGGGCUCGCUGCUCGAGUACGUGCGCAAGAACCGCGGCAGCAUCAGCCCGCAGCUGCUGCUCAACUGGUGCGUGCAGGUGGCCAAGGGGAUGUACUACCUGGAGGAGCACCGCAUGGUGCACAGGAACCUGGCUGCCCGGAACGUUCUGCUCAAGUCUCCCAGCCAGGUGCAGGUGGCCGAUUUUGGGAUCGCUGACCUGCUCUACCCCGAUGACAAAAAGUAUUUCUACAACGAGGUCAAGACCCCCAUCAAGUGGAUGGCGCUGGAGAGCAUCCACUUCGGCAAGUACACGCACCAGAGCGACGUCUGGAGCUACGGGGUGACGCUGUGGGAGAUGAUGACGUUCGGGGCCGAGCCCUACGCCGGGAUCCGCCUGGCCGAGGUGCCCGAUCUGCUGGAGAAGGGCGAGCGCCUCUCGCAGCCGCACAUCUGCACCAUCGACGUCUACAUGGUGAUGGUCAAAUGCUGGAUGAUCGAUGAGAACAUCCGCCCCACCUUCAAGGAGCUCGCCAACGAGUUCACCCGCAUGGCGCGGGACCCGCCGCGCUACCUGGUCAUCAAGCAGGAGAGCGGGGCCGCGCCCCCCGCCGAGCCCCCCACCCUCAGUGACAAGGAGCUGGACGAGGUGGAGACGCUGGAGCUGGAGGAGGAGGAGGAGGAGGAGCUGGAGCUGCCCUUCGGCCUCUCGCCGGGGCUGUACCCGCAGCGCCCGCGGGGCAGCUGCGCCCGGAGCCCGAGCCUGCUGAGCGCCCCCGCCGGGUACAUCCCCAUGAACCAGCCGGGCCUGGGCUGCCCCCGACAGGGCGGGGGGUCGCGGCCCCCCCGGCGCAGCCGGCAGGAGUCCCCGGGCCGGACGGUGUCGGAGUCGUCCGAGGGUCGCGGCACCGCCUCGGAGCUGGAGCUGGGUGAGGGGGGGUCCCUGGGCGGGAGCCUCUGCCGCAGCCUCCGCUCGCGGGGGGACAGCGCCUACCUGUCCCAGCGGGAGAGCCUCCCCCCGCCGCCCCCCGGCUCCGACGGCAGCGAGGAGGACCCCAACGGCUACGUCACCCCCAACUGCGCCCUCCGAGACACGGACCCCGCGGGGCGCUCGCCGCCGGAGGAGGAGGAGGAGGAGUACGAGUACAUGAACCGGCGGCCGGGGGGCGCCCCCCGAGCCCCCCAACCCCGGCCGGCCUCGCUGGAAGAGCUGGGCUACGAGUACAUGGAGGUGGGCUCCGAGCCGGGGGGACCCCAAAACCGGGGGGGGACAGCGCACGGUGACGAGGCCGAGGAUGACGAAGAGGACGAAGAAGAGGAUUACGAAUACAUGAACAAACAGCCGCGGCUCAGCCGCUCGCUGGGCACCGAGAGGCCCCCCCGGCACCACGGCUACACCGACAUGAGGGCGGGGGACCCCCCCGCGACCCCCCCGGAGGAGGAGCAGGGCUACGAGGAGAUGGAGGCGGUGCUGGGGCCGCGCUGCCCCGGCUGCCGCAGCCCCCCCGCCCCCGGCAUGAAGCCCCUGCGGAGUUUGGAAGCCUCGGACUGCGCCUUCGAUAAUCCCGAUUAUUGGCACAGCCGCCUCUUCGCCAAGGCCGAUGCUCAGCGGACGUAGGGGACCCCCCCCCCCAACACCCGCCAUGGGACCCCCCAAAAAUCGGGGGGUUCAUGUUGAUAUGAAGGAUCCCGCCCCCACCCUUGGGGGAUGAGCUGCAGCGGGGUUAGGGAGGGGGUUUGGGGGUCUCAGCUCUUUUGGGGGGGCUUCUGUGCCCUCCCCCUCCGGUGUUUUGGGUGGGGGGGAGCCGAGCCUGAGCAUGCCGAGGUGGGGAGGGGGCGGUGGAGACCCCCUGGAUCCCCCCUGGAUCCCCCUCCCAUCUUUACUUUCUUCCCCCCACUCACUGAAGGUGCUCCCCAAAUCCCUGGGGGGGUCUGGGGUCCCCGGAGGGUCCCCGGGGGGGCCGGGGGUCCCCGCCCAGAGCAACAGACGAGGUCAGGCGGGAUUUCUGAAGGACCCCAGACUCAUUUUCAGGUUUCCCCAUUCCCUGCUGAGUGAAGGUUUGGGGUGUCCCCCCUCCCCUGAGGUCAGGGGGGACCCCCGGGAUCCCUUUUUGGGGUGUUUCCCCCGGUUUUUCGGGGGCUGCCCCGGUUGUGGGGAGGGGGAUCCCUCGCUCAGGGAUCGCCCCCGACCCCGGGGGUCGCGCGAGAUGAGUGAAAAUAAAGGAAUUUGAAUA